AUGUGUCUUCAUUCAACAGCCAUGGAAAAUAGGAAAGGAUUAAAUGUUUUGCUUGUACCGAUUUUGUUUACUUCUCUCACCCCCCUCCCGCUCGCUCUUCCUAUUUGUCUUUUUUCUUUCUUUCUCUCUUUCAUCCCUUCUUUUUUCAUACAUUAUGCUGAAGUUUCUUUAUUUUUCUCUCAUUAUUUUUGCAUUCCAUCUUCCAUUCAAAUUGUCAUCUUUUCUUCACUAUUUUUCUUUCCAAUCUCUACUCUCUCAAUUUUCCUACACAUCUCUCUUUGUACUUCACCACAUACUAUUUCUCCCACUCUCCCUCUCUUUAUUUGUUCUCCCCCUUCUAUUCCAUCUGUGAGAAAUGCUCAAUGGCAAAGAAAAGAAGGUUUUUUAAACCGUCUUCUUCUUUUUGUCCUCUUUUCCUGUUUUCUUUUCUUCAUUUUUUCUUUUUUCUUACUACUUAUUACCAUCGUUUCUUCUUCUUCUUCUUCUUCUUCUUCUUCUUCUUCUUCUACUCCCUCUUUUUUUUUCCUUUUUAUUUCUUUUUCUUUUCUUAUUAUCUUCUUUUUAUUACCUUUCUUCUUUAUUGUAAUGAAUUUCUUUCUUUUUAUCCUUCAUCAUCUUUUUUUCUUUUUUUCAUAUCUACUUUCUCUCUUUAUCAUUUCAUUUUCUUCUUUUACAUGUGAACAUUUUUCUCUCUCCAUAUGUAUACCCUUUUUUUAUUCUUUUUAA